AAUUGGACAAGUAACCAGUUUGCUUUGCAGGCCUGCAUGGUGUCAGGUAAAACAGGAGGCAGCUUUCCCUGUUUGGUCUGGAACUGUUUCCUGAGAAAUGCAGGCAGUGGCAGCAGCAUAGAAGAGCAGCUAACAGGACAGCAUUUAUCCUCUGCUGCCUUCUCUCUCUAACAGACACACAAAGACUGAGGCAACCACCCGGCUGUUCAACCAGCUCAGCUUCAACAAGAUCCUUGGAAACAGAAGAUUAAGAUCCAGCGCAUGAGUUUUGUACGGAUAACUCUCCGGGAUAAAAGGGGUGAAGGCACCUUCUACUAGUGACUUCAUGGCUUAUAGUAAAGUGUGUGACGCCCAGACUGGGCCACUGGAUGGAGAAGUUCUGCACCGCUCUGGAUCCUUGGAACUUGACUGGGACCUGGACAAGGAGGAGCUACAGGAAGCAGGAACAAGCGGCGACCGCACGCAGACGCAGCACAGCGACUGUCAGAGAUCAGGUUGCUCAGAUCCUGGUCCGGAUCCUGACCCUGAGUUCCUGGAACCGAUGCCGAACUCGGUCUCAGUUUCACCUCAUGGACGAUUCGAACGACUCCAAGAAGAUCCCAACUACAUCUCUCACUUCACCAGGUCCGCCGGCCACAAAGGGCAAAGGAGACUUCACGGUUUCAUACUCAGAUACUUUCUUGCCGGUUUGGGAAUAUUUCUCGUUGGUAUCUUGGUCGGCUGGUUCACCCACACACCUUCAAAACCUGCAUCUCCUCCUUUACCUGAAAGCCCUGACCUGCUUGAAGAGCUGCUGCGAGGAAUCAAAGCUGAGAAGAUAAAUGCCCUCCAAAAGUCCUUCUCCAGUCUUCCAGAUGACAGUGAAGAAUCCAGAGCCAGGUACCUGUACCAGCAGUGGGUAGGACUUGGCUUGACUGAUGUCCACCUCUACAAUUACACGGUUCUGCUCAGCCUGCCUGGAUCCACACCAAACACCAUCACUGACAGAUCCAGCCACCAGUGUUUCCUUCCCAGUGGGACCCCAUGUGACCAGCGGGGGCCCCCAGACCUGCUGAAGGAGCAGUUCUCCUAUGCAGCCUACUCUGCAGUGGGCAGCGUGCAGGGAGAGCUUGUGGAUGUCCAAUACGGCAGUGUGGAAAAUUUGAGAAGAGCGAAAGACUCCCUGAACCUCACAAACCAGAUUGCUGUGGUCAAGCUUGGUCAAGCACCUUUAUUAUAUAAGCUGUCGCUCCUUUCUGACUUUGGUUUCCGAGGUGUUCUUCUCUACAUCGAUCCCUGUGAUGCUCCGCCUGGCCGAAGCUUUAGGCAUGAGGCCUUCAGAGUUACCUUAAACUCUGGAGGAAACCCUUCCUUUGCUGGGUCUGGAGGGAGUCUUACAUCUCUGCUGGUUCAGCCCAUCUCCGCCUUCCUUGCCAAGACUUUAUUGUCCUCCUCAUCAGUGGGACAGGAAGCAGAUGCCUGCACUCCUUUAUCUAUGCCUCCCAACACAGAUGGAAAGAAGAUUACUCUGACUAUAGGAAACCAGAUGACCUAUAAGAAGAUUUACAACGUUGUUGGAUACUUGAAAGGAAAGAAGAAUCCAGAUCGCCACCUUCUGGUUGGCAGUCGCCAUGACGGUAACCGGGGAGGUGGGACUUCAGCCAUUACGACUCAACUGAUCGCAGCGCUAACGGAGCAAACCAAACAGGGAUGGGUGCCGGACCGAACCACUGUGUUCUGCUCCUGGGGAGGCACGGCCCUGGGGAACAUUGGCUCCUACGAAUGGGGAAAGGAUAACAGCGUCGUCCUUCAAAGCAGCGCUGUGGCCUACGUGAGUCUGAACUCUCCAGUUCGAGGGACGGAGACUCUUGGAGCCACAGCAUCUCCGACUCUGCUGCAGCUCACUUCAGACAUUCAGAGGAGACAAUUACUGAGCUGCAUCCGUGGAGGAAACUGUCCUGGACCCAAUGUCAGCUCUCUGCAGUUGCCUGGAGAUGCAAGUUUCUUUGCCAAUGAGCUGGCCGUGCCCACCAUGGAGUUUGCCUUUGAGCGAACCAAAGCAGGGAGUACAGAGGCCGACAGUUUUCUGUCAGAGGCCCAAUUUUCUGCCGAGUCACCAGAAACCAUCGAUCCAUUGUUCAAGUUCCACGAAACCAUCGCCAAGGUAAGGCUGUUGCUGGUUGCAGAGUUUGCACUUCACAUGGAGAUUUGCAGAGAGGAACCAGGGGAUGGAAAUAACUCUGCAGGAGUCGUGUUCCUAAAUCUGUUCUCACAUAAGAAUGCAAGAUGGCCGCCCCUGCUGUCAUCGGCCUCCUCUCUCAGAGACCAUGCAGCAUUCUUCCAGUCGGAAGCAAUGCGUCCAGCCAAUGACCCCAAAGAGCGGGACCCCUCCCACGUACGGAUGCUGAAUGAUGUGCUGCGCGAUCUGGAAAAGAGCUUCAUCGUCCCACAGACGCCGCCUGGAGUGUACAGGAAUUUACUUUACAGCCUCCCAGGAAAGACGACUCAGUUCUCCAUUCUCAAGUUCUCACAGGAAGUGGCCCUGCAUUGCAGCGUGGCCAGCAAGGCAGCGAGGCACUACUCUCUCAAUAAGGAAGCACUUUGCCACAGUGCCAGGAACCAAUCCCUGUCCCUGAUCCUCAGGGCCCUGCACUCAUCCGACAGGCUCAUCACCUUUGGGCUAGACUUGUUUGAAAAUUACCCAAGUGGCACAAAAUGAUUCCAAUGCAGGGACAUGAAGACAUAAACCUUUACCAAAUUCAUUCUGCUGUUCAGGAAAAACUAAUGAUUCCUGUUCAUUUUUAAAAAUCAAA